AAGCCCCGAGCCCGGAGCUGACCGGAGCGGGGGGCCGGAGCGCAGAGAGCGGCUCCAAACCCGCGAGCCGGGUCACUGGCAGCGCGGGGGGCGACGGCAAGACCUAGGAAAAGACCGAGGGUUAAUCGCGCGGGGCCGUCCAGCUCCGAGCCCCGGGGCCCGCCGCCCCGCGGGGACGGCAGCUGAGCGCGGGGACGAGGGAGCGACGCGGCCCGGGUUGACCCGAAGGCACCGGCUCCCGGUCAGGUGCGCGCAGCAGGGCGGGAGGGGCGCGCCAUGGAGGCGCCCGGCGGCGCUGGUCGGCACGACACCCAGUGAGGCGGUCCGGCCGGGGUCGGCGGCCCCGCGGGCCAUGUACGGAGACGUGUUCAACGCCACAGCCGGCCCCGAGGCGGCUGGAGGCGGCGCGCUGGCCCUGGCAGCCACGGUCAAGGCAGAGGGCGCUUUGCCGCUGGAGCUGGCCACGGCGCGCGGCAUGCGGGACGGCGCGGCCACAAAGCCCGACCUGCCCACCUACCUGCUGCUCUUCUUCCUGCUGCUGCUGUCCGUGGCGCUCGUCGUCCUCUUCAUCGGCUGCCAGCUGCGCCACUCGGCCUUCGCCGCCCUGCCCCACGACCGUUCGCUGCGCGACGCCCGCGCGCCCUGGAAGUCGCGGCCGGUGUAGCGGCGGGGGGAGCCAGGGCCGCCAGACGCAGUGUCCCGGUCUCACCGCCGGCCGCCGGGAGGAGCCGGGCCGCGUGAGCCCGACGCUGGGGGUCGCGGGCCCCUGGGAACGCCGCGCCCUGACCCAAAGACCUUUUACGACCUCGAGCGGCCACCGGGGCGUAAAGGGAGUCGGAGGCGCUCGCAGGCUGCGCGGGGGCGCGAUCCUACCGGCCGCAGGCCCCACGGUUCCCAUCCCCUGGCGGAGUCUUGCUUCCCCGCUCCCGGCUCCACCACCGGACAGCGGGUCUAGCAGGGGUGCCUUCCUGAAAGACGGAGAGCCAACCCGGACGCCGAGCCUUCUCCGCCGCCCGCCGCCUCCUUUGCUUUGCACAAGGAAGGGGCAGACACAGCUCGACUAGCGCGCAA